AUGAGAGAGAUCGCACAGAAUCUGUCAUGCUAGGUCCUGCAUUGUCAGAGACCUCAUGGGUCAUGGAAAAGCUCCAUGACAAAUCGCGCACUCUUCCCGACCCAGACAUUUUUGCAUUUGAUAGGUUCCCGAUCAUGACGGUUGGGUUGAUGCUGAGUUCCGUGACGGAUGAGGGUAUCCUGUGCAAAAGUAUCGGACUCGUGUUGCAAUCAUGCAUGACAAAUCCUUUUCUUAAGGUAAAUCCGCAUUACAAAUUUUAUUUGUGAUGCUGAGAAAAUUUGUAUAUGCACUUAUACGAGUACGAUGCUUUUGCAGUGCAUAAGGGGACAAGCGAAUCGACUCCAGCUGUUUUGUGGAAUUACGCUAUACGGAUUUAUGGAUUUACAUUUACGAUCUAGAAUUUUACCAGGUAGGAUUUAUAGGUUACGUUUCGAGCUUCUCUAG